AUGAACACAAUCGUCUUCGGCCACCCCUCGGCGAAUCCGCUACUGCUGGCAAUCGAGGCCGCAAGUGAGCCUAACAGCUACCUACUACUGCUCAUAAACGCUCACACCAAACGCGUCCGGACGUCAUAUGCUCUCCACGAUUCCACAUCAAAUCAUCACUCAGCAAGCGAAGAACACCACUGCAACUUGGCCAUUCCACAUCAAAUCAUCACUCAGCAAGCGGAGAACACCACUGUAACUUGGCCUGUCAUCCCCACUGCAUUAAGGAGUAAGAGGAGGAACUACAACAGGCAAAUGCGGAGAACACUGCGGAGAAACCAAGCGGCAACAAGGCCACCAUCGUCAAGAACACGGCUCAGCUCUCCAAGAUCCCACGUCAUAUGCUCUCCACGAUUCCACACGAUUCCACAUCAAAUCAUCACUCAGCAAGCGGAGAACACCACUGUAACUUGGCCUGUCAUCCCCACUGCAUUGAGGAGUAAGAGGAGGAACUACAACAGGCAAAUGCGGAGAACACUGCGGAGAAACCAAGCGGCAACAAGGCCACCAUCGUCAAGAACACGGCUCAGCUCUCCAAGAUCCCACUCUGAUACUCUACAAGAGGAGGAGCAAGAGGAGGAACUACAACAGGCAAAUGCGGAGAACACUGCGGAGAAACCAAGCGGCAACAAGGCCACCAUCGUCAAGAACACGGCUCAGCUCUCCAAGAUCCCACGUUAUAUGCUCUCCACGAUUCCAUAUCAAAUCAUCACUCAGCAAGCGGAGAACACCACUGUAACUUGGCCUGUCAUCCCCACUGCAUUGAGGAGUAAGAGGAGGAACUACAACAGGCAAAUGCGGAGAAUACUGCGGAGAAACCAAGCGGCAACAAGGCCACCAUCGUCAAGAACACGGCUCAGCUCUCCAAGAUCCCACGUCAUAUGCUCUCCACGGUUCCACAUCAAAUCAUCACUCAGCAAGCGGAGAACACCACUGCAACUUGGCCGUUCCACAUCAAAUCAUCACUCAGCAAGCGGAGAACACCACUGCAACUUGGCCUGUUAUCCCCACUACAUUGAGGAGCAAGAGGAGGAACUACAACAGGCAAAUGCGGAGAACACUGCGGAGAAACCAAGCGGCAACAAGGCCACCAUCGUCAAGAACACGGCUCAGCUCUCCAAGAUCCCACGUCAAAUCAUCACUCAGCAAGCGGAGAACACCACUGCAACUUGGCCUGUCAUCCCCACUAAUAUGGUACAUCACUGCAAUGACGUUACAAGAGGAGGAUCUACUGCGACGAUCACAGUCAAUUGGGCCUCUGCAGGAGGGACAUCGGACGAUGCAUAUUUGGACGAAUUGAAACCGUCCGAUGUCUACAGCUAUCUCAUUAUUCGAAAGAUUUCACUGCGGCAGGAGAUAUUGUGGGAUUCACAGCACUAA